AGGCGAGCCCUUCUGUUUUUCAAGCAAUUUUGAAAUGUGAGUAAAUCGCGUCUACUUUUAUAUUUAUUGUCAACGUUAUGCUUCCACGCUGGUCUCCAACCAACAUGUUGCUGACAGGUUUUCGAUAUGUGUUCCUCUGUUUCAUCUUCUACAUUUCAGGUGUUAAUGGAGGAGAAACCAGGAUCUGUGCUUUCAAAGGUUCAUCAGUGGAUCUGCACUGCUCACAUCAACAUCUGACUUCAAACAGAAAAUGGUUCACUAUAGACUGGGAUGGUUACAAGUAUGUUCAGAGUGAGCUCUCUGUGGAUGGACAACGUGUAACAUACAACAUGUCUGAAGAGAAAAACCCAACUUUAACCAUCAAUGAUCUAAGAGAGAGUGAUGCAAACGCUUACUGCUGUAUGAAGACUGCAGAGAAUCCAGGACGCUGUUGGUUCAACAGAAUUACUCUACAAGUAGUUACAGAGCUGCAGGUAAAGGUGAUUCCUGCCACAGAGGGACAGACAGUAACACUGAUGUGCAGCAGCAGCUGUCCUCUGACUGAAAAGCCUGCAGCCUACAUCUGGUACAAGAACAGAGAGUUUCUCUAUGAGGACUGGUCUCCCUGGUACCAAGAGCUGCUCAGCAGUGAGGAAGCAGUCACAUACUCCUGUGCUGUCAAAGGCUACGAGCAUCUCAGAGCCCCUCAAGUCUCUGUGGAUUCCAUCACACAGACAUGCUUCAGUCUCUCUUAUGCUUAUGGAAACAUGUGUUCUUAUAAACAGACAUUAGUGGAUGAGCCGUGCUCCAUCACCUACCCCAGAGAGGUUCAUGUUCAAAGAGCUUCUUCCAUCUCAGAGUUUGUCACACUGACCUGUAACACCAGCUGUAAUCUGACUGAUGAUCAAACUGUCUACAUGUGGUAUCACAACAAAAGAAACUAUCAUGAGAAUCAACAUUUUUCAACUCAUAACUCUUCAACAGACACAUUCUCUUGUGCAGUUAAAGAUCACACACAAAUCUUCAAUCUAAGGAAAGUGUUCAGGAUAAAAACUGCUGGAGAGUGA